CUAUUCUAGAGAGAGAAAAUAAGAUAUUUUCUAGACAGAGAGAGGGUUAGAGAAAGAAACAAAAAAAGUCAAGAAAAAAAGAUACAAGCAAAAGCUAGAAAGUUGAAGUUCUUUGAAGGAAUUUUGAAGAUCAAACUGCAAUCACACCCAUACACACAUACAUAUAGAUAUACUAUAUAGAGAGAGAAAGUGGACGAGAGAGAAGUUUUUUUGAAAGUGAAUUAUAGUCACAAAAGGGUCUUGAUAAUAUAUCUGUUUUUUUCUCACGUGGGAAUUGAAGUGAUGGAAAUGUUAUUAAAAAAAAAAAAGUUAUGAUUUUUUGAUUGAUUGAUGAAGUGAUGAUAUAUACUACAUAGAACAAAAACAUCAUCAUCAUCAUAGUCAUAGUCAUCAAAAAAGAAAAGAUAUAUAUUUUUAUUCAUUAAAGUUUCAGAACUACUACUAUUGAAACUACUUUUAAUAUUUCCUUGUCUUUCAAUCAAUGCUAAGCACCUGAUGAUUUCUUCUUCUACUUCUUAUGUACUUUGAAUUCUGGGCAGUCUUAUAUAAUAUAUUGAUUGUUGUAUUGAAUUUUGAGCAAGUGAUUAAUUAAAUCUGGUCUUGGGAUUAUAUGUGUGUAAAACAUGGAUGAAUUCAUGAUAUUUGUGUCAAGAAAAUGAAUUGAAGCUUAUUGGUUCCCUACAACCACACAUCCAUGACAUAAUUUCAGAAACUUGAAUAUAAAGAUUUGAAGUAAUAAUGUCAAGUUACAUACCAACUUCAGAUCAAAAUGUUAGAGAUUCAGCUCCAAUGGUCUACUUAAGAGAGACUAUAUCAGAAUCAUAUUCAUCAGAAUCACCAAUUCUGGCUGGGAAUGUGAUGAUGUAUAUGAACUUUUCAUCAGCUUCUGCAGCCGGAGAGUUUUCGGGUUCACUGCAGGCUGCAAAUUCCCACCAGCAAAAUAGCUGCAUUGACAUGCCAAAUGUCGGAGUUCACGAUUCCAGUGUAGUAUCGCAUCAUCAAGAAUUUGGCGAAUCAUGGAGAGAUGGUAGGAAUCAUGAAAUGAUGUUGAUGGAUCAAUUGGGCAGUAGGAAUUUGCAUAGCCAAGGGCAGGGACUAUCAUUGAGUCUUGCUACACACAUUCCACCUUCUGGAAUUCAAUUCCAUUCCAGUGAUUACCGUAAUCACAACAUGGGUUUUUCGGCGUUUUUGAGUCCAGAUUCAGUGGUUGAAAAUAACAGUAAGGUGAGUUUUCAUGGGAGCCAUUCAGACUCAAUAAAAAACGGUAUUUCGCCUUAUGGAAUGGGAAAUGUCUCAAGGGCGAUUACCGAUUCCAAGUACUUAAAAUCAGCACAACAGCUUCUUGAUGAGAUUGUAAAUGUUGGUAAAGCUUUAAAACAACAUAAUGCCAGGAAAGAACAAGUAGAUGAUUCAAAAGAGACUGAUGACGAAUCAAAGGCUAUAACUACUUCAAAUCAACACGAGACGAACGAACUCUCGGCUGCUGAAAAACAGGAUUUGCAAAACAAGAUGACAAAGUUGAUCUCUAUGCUAGAAGAGGUUGAUAGAAGGUACAAACAAUACUACCAUCAAAUGCAGAUUGUUGUAUCUGCAUUUGAUGUGAUAGCUGGAUGUGGGUCCGCUAAGCCAUAUACCGCUCUCGCUCUGCAAACAAUUUCAUGUCAUUUUCGUUGUUUGAGAGACGCGAUAAGUGAUCAAAUAAAAGCAACUCAUAGAAGCCUGGGAGAGACUGAUUCCACUACAAAUGGGAAAGGAGUUGGGAUUUCCAGGCUUCGGUUUGUGGAUCAGCAACUCAGGCAACAUAGAGCUAUGCAACAACUCGGUAUGAUGCAACAACAUACUUGGAGACCCCAAAGAGGACUUCCUGAAAACUCUGUGUCGAUUCUUCGCGCUUGGUUGUUUGAGCAUUUUCUUCACCCGUAUCCUAAAGACUCAGACAAGAUCAUGCUAGCAAGACAAACAGGCUUGACCAGAAGUCAGGUCUCAAACUGGUUUAUAAAUGCAAGAGUCCGUCUAUGGAAGCCAAUGGUGGAAGAAAUGUAUAAAGAGGAAGCUGGAGAUGCUGAAAUAGAAUCAAAUUCUUCAUCAGAAAUCGGACCUAAAAACAGUAAAGGCGAUACAAAGACUUCACUUGACCAAGGAGAAGAUAUGAACCAGAGUACUGCCUCUACAUUUGACUCAAAGUCAUCAAAUCAACCUCGUGAAGUUGAAAUGGCAGGAACCAGUAACGACUCGGAUUUCCAGAACAUGAUGGUUCAAUCAAACAGAGGUGAACACAACCAGCUUCUGGCUGCUGCAUAUCAAAUGCCGCCAAGGUUUGGAAACGGAAAUGGAGGUGGGGUGUCACUUACACUAGGGUUACAACACUGUGAAGAUGGUAGCUUACCGCCAAUGGUCUCUCUAGGAGACCAUCAUCAAAGUUAUGCUGAUAUGAGAGAUGGUGGUGGCGGUGGUGGUGGGGUAUAUGAUGGUGUUGGAGGCUCAUCAGUAGGGCCAGAGGCAGUUGAUUUCGACUGUUCAGAUUCAGGUAACCAGCAACAAAGAGUUGGGUCUUCUCACUUGUUACAUGAUUUUGUAGCAUGAGAGGAUAACGGUUUUAUUUAAAUGACCAUUUUAUCGAAAUACUUGACCUAUUGUCUAGUAUGGAGAAAACAGAAUAUGAAACCGAAACUAUAUGUGUAAUUGUAAAGAUAAGAUGCAUAUAAUUUUUUUCCAAGUAAUAAUGUAGAUUUGAUUCGUAUA